UUAGAUCAUUUGUGCUCCAUACUUUGAGGUGUUCAGUUGUGUACUUCAGUUGUAGACUAGUUUUUAUAUACCACCUGUUUUUUAUAAUUGUAAUCAGUAUUAUAUACAUAUCUGCAAACAUGAAGGUGCUGAUAGUUUUAACGAUUUUGGGAAUUGUUACUAUUGUGAGAAGUGACCAGGCAAAAAAAGCGAUCGCGAUCAUUCAGAGCGCCUCCGGUGUGAUUGGUAAUGUAACACUAUCUCAACCAUCGUGUACAGAACCGGUUUUCAUUGAAGUUAAUGUGAUUGGCCUGGCACCUGGCAAGCAUGGAUUCCACAUUCAUGAGAAAGGAGAUCUCAGUGAUGGGUGCACCAGCACUGGAGGGCAUUAUAAUCCGGACAAAGUUUCACAUGGAGCGCCCAAUGAUCAGGUUCGUCACGUGGGUGACCUCGGAAAUAUCGCAGCCGACGAGAGCGGCAUAGCAAAAACUUCGUUUUCUGACACGGUUGUAUCCCUCUUUGGGGCACACAGCGUUCUCGGUCGUGCAAUCGUCAUCCAUGCGGAAAUCGAUGACUUGGGCAAAACAAAUCAUCCGGACUCGCUCAAGACCGGAAACGCAGGAGGUCGCGUAGGAUGUGGUGUGAUCGGAAUUCUGUCCAGUGUAGAGCCAGAACAAAGCUGUAACAGCGGCCAAAAGGCAUUGGUCAUUUCGCUCCUGGCGAUAGUUAGUGGACUAGCCUGCCUAUGGGUGAACCGAAAACUAAGAGAAUGAAAGUCUCACGCGAAAGCUGCUCAUCAAUCAUGACCAAAAACAUCGCUGAUGCCAUGUGGUGCUCCAGCUACCAUUGAAAAAGAUGACAGGUGGUUCAAUGAACUAAAUAAAUUUGAAAAAAAAAAUAUACAAAACGCCACCCACCUUAAGGUACCCUUUUCUUCUCGCUAAAUAGACGCGCCAUUCUUUCUAUAAGUAUGCUGACAAAGAAGAAAAUAAUUACAAAUAAGUUUAAGCGGUUCUUCGCGUGUUAACUAUUUUCAUUUUAUAUAGUCCGGUAAACAUAUGUAUGUGGAGCUGGAGAUUUGCUGCCCUAUGUAUUUCAGCAAGAUGUUAAUUUAUAGAUAUGUAUAUGAAUAAACUAUCUUCAACUGGUAUGGAAAUGCUUAA